AUGACGGGGGUCGGCAUUCCAAAAAACCACACUUCAGAGGAUAUAAGAAAUUACCUCGACUCGCUACAGGGAGUGACGACACUUGCAAUGGUUCCCUCCAUGGUUUUUCUGGCGAUUCUAGCUAUUGUUGGACUUGUGGGGAACUCGCUGGUCUUGGUCGUGUAUUCCAGAAAGUUCAAAAGGAACGCGAUGAGAAUCUUUAUCAUGACGAUGGCGUGUUUCGAUCUGCUCUCCAACGUGGUCAUUAUUCCAGGAGAUUACUAUGAAAUAUUUCAUCACUGGGACUUUGACAAACCCAUUUUGUGCCGACUUAGGAUGUAUUCGUACACCGUGGCAGGCAUAGGAUCAUCGCUCUCCCUCAUUGGUAUAGCGGCCACUAGGUAUCGUAAAAUCAGUCAACCAUUUUCUACCCAAGUAACUACUUCUCUAGCCGCGGGUUUAAGUGUCACCAUCGCCAUUGUCUCCUUCACCUUUGCCAUCCCUUACUUUAUCCUCAACGGCGUCCAGACCAAAGCAACUGAAAUCCAAGGCAUUGAAGGCCACAGCUGUACCAUAGACGACCGCUACCUUAACACUAUCUGGCCAAAACUGAACGCCGGGUUUUUUAUGUUGCUUUUUGUAGUAACAAGUACGACAAUUGUUGUGACGUACUCGCUGAUUGGGAUGAAGACAAGGGGACAUAGGAAAAAACGUAGCAACAUGAAAGUGCCUCCACAGAAAGCAGUAGAGAUGACAGUCUCUACAGAAAUGUCAGGUUGUUCUGAAUCUACCAACAAGAACAUAUCGAAAGAUGAGAAAUCAGAACAAGAUCUUAACAUUCCAAGACAGAAACAGAAGUUAAAUGUUGAAGUUCAUGCAACUCCAAACUCAGUUGAAAAUAAGUUACCCCAUUUUUUAGAUAAUACAUCCACGGGAAUACAGAAUAGUGAAACUGUUGGAACGAUUCAAGGCAAGACAAUGAAAAUAAAAAGGUCGAUUAUUGAAUUGGGUGUUGAAGAACAAAAUCAAUCAAGUCAUUGCACGAUUGAUAAGAAACAAGUCCAGACACCAGAGGCUUCUGUACAGAGCUUUUCUGAAGACAUCACCAGCGAAACUCUGAACGACUCUAUUCAAAGAACAACAAGCGGUACCCUAGUCUCCAGUAGAAAUGCCCAUUACACCUUAGUCAAGAGACGUCAGAAAACAUCUGCGCGUUGUGGAGUGGACAGAACGACGUGCAUGCUGCUGACCGUUAGCUUAAUCUACGUCCUCAGCUUUCUCCCUUUCCUCGCCAUGGAGCUCUUACGAUCGUUUAUCCCCGUCUCCCUGAUCUCUCUAGGCCCGAUCAAGUUCGGGCUGUACCACCUCUUUCUUAGAUCUUACCUGCUCAACACGGCCAUGAACCCUAUCAUCUACAACCUGUGUGACCUCCACUUUAGACGUGAAUGCUCCAAGCUAUUCCUUCAGGCAUGUGCCUGUACUAGGUCACAUAAAUGA